GUUUUGCUUUUAAUAAAAGUGUGAGACAACCUUAGUUUUAUAAAUGCAUGUACAUCGUACUUUAAUGAUGGUUUAACGUCAAGUUAAUUAGUUAUGCAAACAAACAAAUAUGUCGUUUUUGUGGUUUUAAUAAUAAAUAUUAUUUUAUAUUCAAUAAACGGAUAUCCAACACCUGGUAUACGACAGAAAUUGAUUAAUUUUCGCAACAUAGGUGACAAAUGGAAAAUUGGACAUGACUCUCUUUUGAGUAUCCUGUUUAACAAGACAUAUUCUCCGCCGUCGCCGGAGAUCAAGCUACCGUAUAAUACCGAGGAACUACUAGAAAGUUGCAAAAAUGAAAAAGGAGAACAGAGAAUAAGCUGUGUUGCUUCUUAUAUAAGAAACCUGUUUCCAGAUAUUUUCAGCCGAAGCAAAGAUGUCGGAAAGCAUACGUCAAUAAAAUAUAACAGAACAACAACAACAACAACAACUUCCACGCCUGUCUCUACAACAAGAAGCAUGCUACUGUCAGUAUCUUCAACAACUUCCCCGCCACCCUCUGCCUGCCAUACAAGGAUGGAUGUUCUGAAGACAAACCGUGAAUCAAGAAAAGAACUCGGAAGUACGAAGACUAAAGCUGAACAUUUUAAAGCAGACGACACUUCAUUAUCGUCUGCGUUUCUGAUUGUACCAGGUGACCCGAAAAUCAUCACCCCUAUCAUACAAGAUACAGAGACAAGGAUCCCGCGCAUUUUCACACAAAAUGCGAAGAUAAAACCAAUCACUUGCCGGAAAGAUGAGUUUGGUUUUGCUGACGAUGUUGAUCCUACCAUUGUGGAUAUAGCCCACGAUAUGCUGUGCUCAUUGUGUAAACAUCAGGGUGAUAGUCUGUGUAUAGUUAGAUGGUGCUUCAAUAUUACAUCAGCUGCCACAUAAACACAUGCCAUGUCUGAUCAACAGGGUGACAGUAAUUGUAUAUAGUUGGAUGGUUCUUGACGGCGAAUGUCAGAUGACAUAAAUGUUCAGCUGUUUACGCAAAAAUAACGUUUAGAGUUUCUCUGAUAUUUUUCUUAACCCAUAUGAAAGGAACCACUCUAAUUCCUUUAGAAUGAGCUUUGGUGCCCUUAUCACCAACAAUAAACUAAAACAAUAAUACUUAUUAUAUGACUUCAAGAGCUUAACAAACCAAUUUCUAGCACAACUAUUGAAUAAUAUGAAAUUUAUUGUUAUUUCACUCACUAUAAUAUAAGACCAAGAUACUUGCAAGAAUACUAUAUUAUAAUACUUUCUUUAAAGAUAAAUGUUAAUGUAAAUCCAGGAUAUAUUAAAUGUCCAUAUUACGAUAA